AUGCCCACGUGGCUGACGCUGUCCGACGUCAGCGCGAUCAGCUCGGCAGCAGAGAGCGAGCGAGGGGGCCGCGAGGCGUGGGACGAGGCGCGCGCGCGCAGGGAAUGGGGGGAAGAGGCGGCCGCGCCGCAAGGAUGGACGAACGGGAGGGGGGAAAGAGCGCGACGAGGGGAAGCGGAAGGGGAAGGGGAAGGGGAAAGAGCGGAAGCGGGGAAUCCGGAGGAGAACAAUAUGUACGAAGUGCCACACAAGCAGCGGUUCCGAGGUGACCACGAUUUGUCCCCACUACAGCAGUUUCUGAACUGGGUGUCCCACACGCUGCUGGGCCGUCCCUCAAGGGGCUCCACGCACUCCGCCUUUGCCAUUUCCCGCAUGGCCUCCCAGUCCGCCCCGGGCCUCGCCCCCUCUGACUCCCGAGCCAGCGCCGUAGGCUCGGCAGCGGGGGCCAGGCCCGCGUUUGCCCGGUCCGACACGUUUUUCCUGCGGGAGAUGAGGGCGUCUGAGCUGCUGGGGAGGACCGUGGUGGCGCCUGAUAAUGGCUACCUGCUGCUGUGGCAGCAACUCAUCCUGGCCCUCUCCUUCUACUCUGCCUUCAUCACGCCUCUCGAGUUCUCCUUCCUGCCCGUCCUGCCGCCCGGCCUCGCCAUAGCGGAUGGCGUCGUGAGCAUCUUUUUCCUCGGCGAUCUGAUUCUCACCUUCUUUGUUGCCUUCAAGGACAGGAAGACCCAGAGCUACGUCUGCGACCACUGGAGCAUUGCUACUAGGUACCUGUGCACGUUCUUCAUAGUGGACCUGCUCGCACUCUUCCCCUGGGACACCUUCUUCCAGCUGGCAGGGGGGGAGGCGGGUGACAACCUGCUGAGGUGGUUCCUGUGGACCCGCGUUGUGAGGACGCGGCAUAUCAUGAACUACUUUCACAGACUACAGCGCGACAUCCAUGUGAGCUACUUUGCGGUGCGAGUGGUGAAGCUCAUAUUCAUCGAGCUCUACAUCACCCACGUCGCCGGCUGCUUCUUCUACUUCCUCGCCACCACCUACCCGCCCGACCAGGAGGGCAGCACGUGGAUUGGCAGUCUGACACUGGGUGAUCUCACCUACACCAACUUUCGGGAGAUGGACCUGUACACGCGCUACUUCACGUCGCUCUACUGGUCGGUCAUCACCAUGGCCACCAUCGGGUAUGGCGACGUGCAUCCGGUGAACGCGCGUGAGAUGGUGUUCGCCAUGGCCUACAUCUCCUUCGACCUCGUGCUCUCCGCCUACCUCGUCGGCAACAUCACGGCGAUGGUGGUGAAGGGGUCCAACACGACGCGGUACCGGGAGAAGAUGUCCGCUCUGAUCAAGUACAUGAACCGCAACCACCUGCCCCACUCGCUCAGGCAGCAGAUGAGGCAGCACGUGAGGCUGCAGUUUGAGACGGAGCAGGUGGAGGGCGAGGUGAUGGAGGAGUUUCCUCUCAGCAUCCGCCACAAGGUGGCGCGCGCCCUCUACCAGCGCGCUGUGGAGGCCUGCUACCUCUUCGAAGGCUGCUCGGGAGAAUGCAUUAACCAGAUCGUAGCGCGCGCGGUGCCCGAGUACUACUAUCCGUUGGAGGUAGCGCGCGCGGUGCCCGAGUACUACUAUCCGUUGGAGGUAGCGCGCGCGGUGCCCGAGUACUACUAUCCGUUGGAGGUAGCGCGCGCGGUGCCCGAGUACUACUAUCCGUUGGAGGUAGCGCGCGCGGUGCCCGAGUACUACUAUCCGUUGGAGGUAGCGCGCGCGGUGCCCGAGUACUACUACCCGUUGGAGGUGCUCAUUCAGAAGAACGACGCCGCAGAGCACAUGUUUAUCGUCUGCUCCGGCACCGUCCAGGAAGCUUCCUGCGUGUACGGCGAGGGGACGGACGACGAGCACUGGGCGACCCUCACCGCCGGCAAUAUGUGUGGGGAGGUGGCGCUGCUGUGCAACAUACUGCAGCCCUUCACAGUCACGGCCAAGGAGCUGUGCCAGGUACUGCGCAUCGACCGCCAGUCCCUCUCUAUAGUCACAUCGCUCUUCAUCGUGGAUGGCCGUCGCAUGGUGGACAACCUGCUGCAGCGGUCAGAGGAAGCGGGCAGCAAGUUUGAAAGUCUGGCGGCGGAGAUCGAGGCGCUGGUGGCGGCGCAGGAGGCGGACCUGACAGUGAGCACCAUCUAUGCCGCGUGGACAGGGGACAUGGCCCAGCUGCAGCAGCUGCUGGCAGCGGGGGCCAAGGCGGACAGGGCUGACUACGAUGGCCGCACGCCGCUGCACCUGGCAGCAGCGGGGGGGCACAACGAUCUGGUGCGGCUGCUGCUGCUGGAGGGCGCGCAGGUCAGCGCGGUGGACAACUUCGGCACCACACCUCUCCUCGAGGCACUCAGAGCGGGCCACGAUGAGGCGGCCGCCAUCCUCGCCAGCAAAGGGGGCACCGUGGGCUUGCAGGAGGCAGGGCCAGUGCUGUGUGCCGCGGUGGCAGCAGCGGACACGGACCUGCUGCAGCGCCUGCUCUCCCACGGGGUGCAUCCCAGCGCGAGUGACUACGACCAGCGCUCCCCGCUGCACAUCGCCGCCAUCAAGGGCCACCUGCACGUCGCCCGCCUACUCGUCGACCACCACGCUGACGUGGCAGCCCGUGAUAGGUGGGGAAGCACCCCAUUGGAUGAGGCUCGCCGAUGUGGCUGCCUGCCGUUGGUCCGAUUUCUGGAGGAGGUGGGGGCGCGAGAGGCGGCUGGAGGGUUGGAGGAUGGUGGGGAGGAGGGUGGUGGGGUAGGGGGUGGGGGCAAGCAGCAUACAGUGCAGGAGCAAGGAGAGGAGAGGGGGGAGAAGGGGCAAAGACAGGACGGGGAGAAGCAUAAGGAGCGUGGAGAGGAGGGUGACAAGCAAAGCACCUGA